CUCGGGGCUGACUCCCGAGCAGUACGGCCGUCGCUGGAGCCGCCACUGCCACCACUAGCCGGGCAUGGCCAUGGCGUCCCCGGCCAUCGGGCAGUGCCCGUACCCUCUACUUUUGGACCCCGAGCCGCCGCGCUAUCUGCAGAGCCUGAGCGGCCCGGAGCCGCCGCCGCCGGCCCCCGGCAGGUCCUCUCGCCGCUGCGUCCCGGCGCCGCUCUCCACCUCGCCCGGGGCGCACGAGGGGAGCAGCGCCCGAAGGGCUGCUCGGGGGAACCUGGAGCCCCAACCCCGAGCUUCCCGAUCUGCUCGCCCGCUCCGGCCUGGUCUGCAGCAGAGACUGCGGCGACGGCCUGGCGCGCCCCGGCCCCGCGACGUGCGGAGCAUCUUCGAGCAGCCACAGGAUCCCCGCGUCCCGGCGGAGCGAGGCGAGGGGCACCGCUUCGCUGAAUUGGCGCUGCAGGGCGUCCCCGGCUGGUGUGACCUGUGUGGACGAGAGGUGUUGCGGCAGGCGCUGCGCUGCGCCAACUGUAAAUUCACUUGCCACCCAGAGUGCCGCAACCUGAUCCAGCUGGACUGCAGUCAUCAGGAGGGCUCAUCCCGGAACAGAUCCUCUCCAGAAAACACCCUCACCCCGCCCUUCAGCCAGAUUGUCUGUAAGCCUGUGGAGGAGCCAUGGUGCCCACCCACGCUCCAGGAGAUCAAGCAGAAGAUAGAUAGCUAUAACACGCGGGAGAAGAACUGCCUGGGCAUGAAGCUGAGUGAAGACGGCACCUACACGGGUUUCAUCAAAGUGCAUUUGAAACUUCAGCGGCCAGUGACAGUGCCAGCUGGGAUCCGGCCCCAGUCUAUCUAUGAUGCCAUCAAGGAAGUGAACCUGGCGGCCACCACUGACAAGCGGACGUCCUUCUACCUGCCACUUGAUGCCAUUAAGCAGCUCCACAUCAGCAGCACUACCACGGUCAGUGAGGUCAUCCAGGGGCUGCUCAAGAAGUUCAUGGUCGUGGACAAUCCUCAGAAAUUUGCACUUUUUAAGCGGACACACAAGGAUGGGCAAGUGCUCUUCCAGAAGCUCUCCAUUGCUGACUGCCCCCUCUACCUGCGCCUGCUCGCUGGGCCCGAUACUGAUGUGCUCAGCUUUGUACUAAAGGAGAACGAAACUGGAGAGGUGGAGUGGGAUGCCUUCUCUAUCCCUGAACUCCAGAACUUCCUCACAAUCCUGGAGAAGGAGGAGCAGGACAAAAUCCAGCAAGUGCAGAAGAAGUAUGACAAGUUUAGGCAGAAACUGGAGGAGGCCCUAAGAGAAUCCCAGGGCAAACCCGGGUAACCGGUCC